AUGGUGGAGAUUACCGCCUCCUCUGAACUAACCCCCAUGACAGACCUGCUGCUAAAAGACAUCUGCAGACGACUCAUCAGGUCCAGAGUUCGGGGGGCCGACGCUGCGAGGGCCGGGGUCCUCACCUUCCUGGACAGCCACUGUGAGGUGAACAAGGACUGGCUGCCCCCCCUGCUGCAGAGGAUCAAACAGGACCCGAGUUGUGUGGUCAGUCCAAUCAUCGACAUCAUCAACAUGGACACCUUUGCCUACGUGGCGGCAUCUGCUGAUCUCCGUGGAGGUUUUGAUUGGAGUCUCCAUUUUAAGUGGGAGCAGCUGUCACCUGAACAGAGAGCUCUACGCACCGACCCGACCCAGCCAAUCAAGACUCCCAUCAUCGCCGGCGGGCUCUUUGUGAUUGACAGGUCGUGGUUCAAUCAUCUCGGGAAGUACGACACCGCCAUGGACAUCUGGGGCGGGGAGAACUUCGAGAUCUCGUUCCGGGUGUGGCAGUGCGGCGGCUCUCUGGAGAUCCUGCCCUGCAGCAGAGUGGGUCACGUCUUCAGGAAGAAACACCCGUACGUCUUCCCCGAGGGGAACGCCAACACCUACAUCAAGAACACUCGUCGCACGGCGGAGGUUUGGAUGGACGACUUCCGUCUCUUCUACUACUCGGCUCGACCUGCAGCACGGGGGAAAUCCUACGGAGAUGUCCGAGGCCGAAUGGAACUCCGCAAGAAGCUCAAGUGCAAAUCCUUUAAGUGGUACUUGGACAACGUCUACCCAGAGCUCAAGGUCCCCGAUGAUUCUGACUCUCAGACCGGGUCCAUCCGGCAGAGACAGAACUGCCUGGAGUCUCAGAAGCUGGAGGGCCAGGAUCUGCCCGUCCUCACGCUGACCCCCUGCAGCGGGAAGGAGGGCGUCCCCGCCGUCAACCAGGAGUGGGUGUACACACACGGGCAGCAGAUCCGACAGCAGCAGCACUGCCUCUCUCUCUCCACCACCUUCCCCGCCUCUCAGGUGCUGCUGCUGCCCUGCAACAUGGCCGACGGCAAGCAGCGCUGGCAGAAGUCGGGCACUCACCUGGAGCACCUGGUGUCUCGCUUCUGUCUGGACUCGGAGAUGGCUCUGGACGGCAUGGACUCGUCCCGCAUGCUGGUCAUCAGCCCCUGUGAACUGAGCGCCUACACACAGAGAUGGGAGGUGCCUUUCUCCUGACCUUUAACCCCGUGAGCACCUUUCACCCCCAAAACACGCGCCCUGUCACUCACCCACAGCCUCAAAUAGUAGCAGAGAGGACGCUCUGACGCAGGAAGGAAGCAUGAGCACGUCAGGAUGAAGUGACGGAAGAUAAACGGAGGAUUUGUUAUGACUUUGUGACGCCUCUUGACUGUGUGUCAUGGGGAGACAUUGAAGAGAGGAUCUGUUGGGUCUGAAAUCUGGGUUUAUUGAAGAUCUGUUAUGGAUCAAAACAUUGUUAAAUAAAUCAGAAAUGUCCGGUUUGUUUUGUCCGGAGAAUAAAGUGUGAAUGUUU